AUGUUUAUUUGGUACCCCCGAACAAAUAUAAUUUUGAACGUAACAUUCGCGCUAUUUACCUUAGCCAACAAUUCUAGUAGCACUGAUAUAUUCGACUCCAUUUCCAAUAUAGUUAAGAUCUCUGAAAGUUCACAGUUUGAGCAGAGUGGCGCUAAAAUUGUAUUGGAUUGUUUGAACAAGAAUUUCUAUACCGAAGAAGAUCUUUUGGAGUGUAUUUAUGAGCAAUCAAAUCAGUCAAUGCUUACCGGAAUUGUCCCUCAUUGCUUAUGCUAUUACACCUUAUGUACUCUACCUAUUUGUGCAAGAGAUUGUUCACAUAUUGAUUCUCCACAGUUCAAAUCUCAGUGCCUGGAGUGCCUCGGCGAAUGUAUACCACAGUUUCUUAAUUGUUUAACACGCUAA